GUGUGCAUGUUGGUGAAGAAUAGACUUGCUUACAUCUACUCGAAACCGUCAUGCCUGAACCAGCAAAAGCAGCCCCUAAGAAGGGCUCCAAGAAAGCCGUCACCAAGACCGCCGGUAAAGGAGGAAAGAAACGUAAGAGAACUAGGAAGGAGAGCUACGCUAUCUACGUCUACAAGGUAUUGAAGCAGGUUCAUCCCGAUACCGGAAUUUCCUCCAAGGCGAUGGGCAUCAUGAACUCGUUCGUCAACGACAUCUUCGAGCGCAUCGCCGGUGAGGCGUCUCGUCUCGCUCAUUACAACAAGCGCUCCACCAUCACUUCCAGAGAGAUCCAGACCGCCGUGCGUCUACUGCUACCCGGAGAGCUGGCCAAACACGCCGUGUCUGAGGGUACAAAGGCCGUCACCAAGUACACCAGCUCCAAGUAAAGCGCUGAAUCAAUUUCAGUUACCCCAAAGGCUCUUUUAAGAGCCACCCAUGUUCUCCUCUAAAGAGCUAAUUCUUGUGGUCAAAGUAAAACAUGAUUUAAAUUACACGAAGGCUGGUUAUAAUACAGACUAGUGAGGUAAAGGUAUAUUCAAUGGCAAUUUAACAUGAGUAAAAUUUAUUUUUAAUGUUAAUUUAAGACUAUUCUAGAUAUAUUUUUUAAACUCUGUUAUCUUGUUUUAGACUGAAUUAAUAAAACGUUAUUUUCUGAGAACACAAUCAUUAUUUGAUAGUGCAUGUGAUUUAUAGAUCAUAUAUAUAUUUUUUACCUUAGUAGUCAAGUUUAAACAUUUGCUACAUAAACACUAGAAUAGAUUGACACUAUUUCCUUUGAUUGGUGAUUUAUGUCUUUGGACAGCAGACUGCCUAGACAACGCAUUAUACUAAUCUGUUUUUGAUUGUACUACAAUGUAUGUUGUAUAUGCCAUCAAUAACUAUAAUGAACAUAACAAACUGCGGACGAUCGCUUCUUUACUGAUUUUACAUUAUCAGUACAGUUUGCUAAACAUGGUGCCAUGUUUUAAAACCCUGGCACAUCGUAAAAAAUACUAAAACAUGUAUUUACUUCUAGGCAAUUGGCAAAAGAUAUUAGAUCAAGGGCUUAAACUAAACAAAACCAAUGACUAUUGCUGCACAUCAUGUUAGUUUUUUCACAAGUCGUAUAUGCAUAAUUAAACUAUUACAGUGAAAGAACAGAGGACAAAUGAAUCAAUAAGUCUCAAAAUAUCAUCACAGCGUCUCCCUUUUGAAUUCCAUGAAAAACUAUUGAUUCUCUUCUUAUCACUAAAGUGUUUCUAAUCUGCUGAAA